AUGGCAUGCCCUCAUGCCUCCUCCUCCUCCCUCCGUCCUCCUCGCCCCAGCGAAUCCGUCUAUCGCGAAGAUUGCACCAUCUGCUUCGACAGUAUCGACGACCCCGCCGGGCUCGACGUCUGCCUAUCCUGCUACAACGGCGGCUGUGCAGGCGACCGGCAACACAACAAACUCCACUAUGAGACGUCCAAGCACCCCCUAGUCCUCAAUAUCAAACGGACGAGGAAAGUCGUCGACCGCGACGAGCCGCCGCAGAAGCUCACCAAGCUUGCCAUCUCGGCGGAGACGGAGGCGGAUCGGUAUGACACGGCAACGCAGGUGAGGUGCCUGGAGUGCAGGGUGGAGAAUGUGGAUGGCUCGCAGGGGGCGCUGGUGGAGGUGGUGAACGCGGUGUUGAGGGCCAAUACGUUCGCGAAGCAGGAGGAAGUGAAGGCGUGGGAGCAGGAGCUGACGAUCUGUGACCAUACGGCAUUCCUAGAGCAGGAACCGCCGCGGGCGAUCGAUUCGCAGGAUCUGGGGCACUGCUCGAUGUGCGAACUGAACGAGAACCUCUGGCUGUGCUUAACGUGCGGCAAUCUGGGGUGCGGACGCGCGCAGUUUGGAGGCGGGGGUGGGAACUCGCACGGGCUCGCGCACACGGAUGCGACGAAGCAUGCAGUGGCGGUCAAGCUGGGGUCGCUGACGGCGGACGGGACGGCAGACAUCUACUGCUAUGCGUGUGACGACGAGCGGAAAGACCCGAAGCUCACGGAGCAUCUGGCGCACUGGGGGAUCAACAUUGCGGAUCGACAGAAGACGGAGAAGAGCCUGACGGAGAUGCAGAUUGAGCAGAAUUUGCGGUGGGAGUUCUCGAUGACAACCGAGGAUGGGAAGGAGAUCAAGCCGGUGUUUGGGAAGGGGUUCACGGGGCUGAAGAACCUGGGAAACAGCUGUUAUAUGAACAGCUCGUUGCAGGCGUUGUUCGCCAUGCCGGAGUUUCAGGAGCGGUACUUCAAUCAGGUAUCGGGACCGACAUCGACCUCGAAACCCGCCGAAGACUUCGAGACUCAAAUGAGAAAGGUCGCAGACGGCUUGCUUUCCGGCCGAUACUCGAACCCAGACAAGGAUGUCAAAGUACCGGAGGGGUCCGAGGAAGUGACCUGGCAGAAAGGGCUCGCCCCAGCCAUGUUCAAAUCCCUGGUUGGGAAAGGACACGAAGAGUUCUCCACGAUGAGGCAGCAAGAUUCGUUCGAAUACCUUCUCCACCUGUUUGAGAUGAUCGGCAAAUCGAAACACGAUGCUCCGCUUCGGAAUCCCGUGGAUAUUUUCCGAUUCGCGAUGGAGCAGAAGCUUCAAUGCAAUGCAUGCAAGAAGGUGCGAUAUAAGGUCGACGAGCAAGAGAACAUUUCGAUUCCGGUACCGAUACGAAAAGUCCCCCGAGAAGCGAACGCCUCAUCCGAAGAUAAGGAGACCUAUGAGCCGGUUACUCUGAAAGAGUGCCUCGAUCUGUUCACCGCCCCUGAAACCGUCGAAUUAACCUGCCCUGCCUGCCAGAGCAAGGACGGCUUCACCAAACAAUCCCUCUUCAAAACCCUCCCAACCACGCUGGCGAUCAACGCUCGGCGGUUCGGUCUCGUCAACUGGGUUCCCACGAAGCACGACGUCCCCGUUAUCGUCGAGGACGAGGCCAUCACGCUCGACCAAUACCUAUCCCCAGGACUCCAGCCCGGCGAAGAGCUCCUACCCGAAGAUGCCGACAGGACCCCGAAAUUCGUCCCUAACGAAGAAGCAUUAACCGUGCUCGAAACGAUGGGCUUCCCGCGUGUUCAAUGCGAACACGCGCUGCACGCCACCGGGAACACGAACGCCGAAGCCGCGCUGAAUUGGCUGAUGGAACACAUGGAAGACGACGCGAUCAACCAGCCGUUGAACGUCGGCGGCAAUUCAUCCAGCCCCGCCGCCGAUCCCGCCUCGGUGGAGAUGUUGGCGGCACUCGGUGUUGAAGGGCCGCUUGCUAAGAAGGCGUUGAAGGAGACCAACGGCGAUGUGAAUCUCGCCGCCGAAUGGGCAUUUUCCCACCUCGAUGACCCCGGUGUAUUGGACGAGGUUGCAGAGGAGAAUGCACCGACGGGUGACAAGCCACUCGCUGGCAGUGCAGAGACGCCCGCGAACUUUAAGCUGGAGUCGAUUGUCUGCCACAAGGGGUCUUCGAUCCACGCUGGACAUUACGUAGCUUUCGUGAAGAAAGCGCUUCCGGAAGGGUCGCAGUCCGCUUGGGUGCUUUUCAAUGAUGAGAAGGUCGCGCAGGCGGUCGACGCGGAUGAGAUGAAGAAGUUUGCAUACGUCUAUUUCUUACGGAGGGUUUAA